UUUUAUGUAAAACACAAUCCAGAAAAUGGCCACGGAGGAAAUACGAAAUGCUUUUAAAUCCCCCGGUUAAAGGUGCCUUCCGCUUGGCAACGUGGUCCGGACGGGAAGCAGCUUCCAGACCCGCACUGGGGCUCCGGCAGUGGUUCUGAUUACCCAGCACCCAUAGUGCAGCCAUGUUCUCUGGGCGGCUCCUCAGGAUAUCCCACAAUGCACUGGGAAAGCCACACCACCGGGGCAUGGCUGUGUACAGCAGUGAACUCUGGGAUGAGAUCAGGGGGAAGCUUAGCAUGUUUCCAGGUGGGUCGGUCAACCUGGUCAAGCAGGAGUCUGGGAUCGCAGUGCUCACGGUCAACAACCCGGACCGCAUGAACGCCUUUUCAGGCACCAUGAUGCUGGAGUUGCAGGACCGAGUGUCCCAGCUGGAGAACUGGAAGGAAGGGAAAGGACUCAUUGUUCACGGGGCGGGCGGGACGUUCUGUUCCGGAUCAGACCUGAACGCAGUCCGAGCCAUAUCUAAUCCUCAGGAUGGGAUGAAGAUGUGUAUGUUCAUGCAGGACACACUGACCAGACUGCUGAGGCUGCCCCUCAUCUCUGUCGCCCUUGUGGAGGGGAGAGCGCUGGGGGGUGGGGCAGAGCUGACCACGGCCUGUGACUUUAGGUUGAUGACUCCUUCCAGUGAGAUCCAGUUUGUCCACAAGCAUAUGGGUUUGGUUCCUGGAUGGGGAGGCGCGGCCAGGCUCGUGCGGAUAGUGGGCAGCCAGGGAGCUCUGAAAUUACUGGCUGCCGCACUGAAAGUAGACUCCGCCCUUGCAGAGAGGAUCGGCCUGUCCGAUGGGGUUGUGGCCACAGGGGCGGGGACAGCGUUGGCGGAGGCAGAACAUUGGUUGGGCGACUUUACCAGAGGCCCCGCCCCUGUGAUCCAGGCCAUUAAGAAGGUGGCGCUAUCUGGGCGAGAGCGCCCCCUGGAGGACGCACUGAGAAAAGAGAAGGAGGUGUUUGGAACUGUGUGGGGAGGAAGUGCGAACCUGGAGGCCUUGGCCCGUAAGUCCAAGCACAAGUGAGCAGAAGCAAGAGGAUGAGAAUGGAGAAACCAGAACUGUUAGCCAUUAUCAAGGACCGACAAAAAAAUAAAACCACUUCAGAAUUAUGUAAGCAGUGGCUUGAUGUGUACAGGGGUGUGUCAAAUGUGUUUGUAGUAAAGUGGCCUCUUAGUAGGGUAACAAGCUUAUGUGACCAGCAUGUUUGUAGAUUUGAUGAAGCUCUUUGCCCUUUUACUUACAUUAGAAAGAUAUAUGAAGGAUGUAUGCUAGCUAACGAGUGUGUUUUUGAGUUUUAACCUUCAGUCGAAGUUCCUGGGGUCUCACUGAGCACUGAGUGACUGUAAGGAGGUGUGAUAGAUUUCAGUCACAGUCGCCCUCUUAGUCCCAAAAUGGAGAGCGUUGUCUUCUCUCAGGGGUCCUUGCUGCUUCUUUUGCGUCCCAUGUGGGGGCUGCUGUGGGUCACAUGACAUCUGGGUGGAGCCUCUGCCGUUCCGAUCCCCCGUACAUCUUCCCCUUCUUCCAUUCUUUGGUGUAUUUGGUUUGGGAUUAAAGCUCUGCCGCAGUGCCUGUUUUUACCACAGAU